ACCACCUCCAGCACUACCAACCUAAUUCAAGAGGAGGAAGCCACGAAGCCGACCAAGAUCUCAACCACCACGCCGUCGUACACGAUCACGAGCGCCCCGCCAGAGACUACCACGCCGAGCAGGGAGGUGGAGCCAGUGGUCGCAGAGACCACAGACGAAGCUACCACGAUGCCUGCCACUGUGGCUACUACUAUCACCACCACCACCGCUGUCACCACAACCACCACGCCGAAGCCGGUGGACUACAAAAACGAAUGCGGCGUGCGGCCGCUCAUGCAGAAGUACGGCCGCAUUGUGGGCGGCAAGGGUGCCACCUUCGGCGCGUGGCCCUGGCAAGUGCUGGUGCGCGAGUCCACGUGGCUGGGUCUCUUCACCAAGAACAAGUGCGGCGGGGUGCUGCUGUCCAACCGCUACGUCGUCACCGCGGCGCACUGUCAGCCGGGCUUCCUGGCCAACCUGGUGGCGGUGAUGGGCGAGUUCGACCUGUCGGGCGAGCUGGAGUCGAAGCGCUCCAUCACGCGCAACGUGCGGCGCGUGGUGGUGCAUCGGGGCUACGACGCCGCCACCUUCGCCAACGACCUGGCGCUGCUCGAGUUGGAGACCCCCGUGCAGUUCGACGAGCACGUGGUGCCCAUCUGCCUCCCGCGCGACAACGAGGACUUCACGGGCCGCGUCGCCACCGUCACCGGCUGGGGCCGUCUCAAAUACGGCGGGGGCGUGCCCUCCGUGUUGCAGGAGGUGCAGGUGCCGGUGAUCGACAACUCCGUGUGCCAAGAGAUGUUCCUGACGGCGGGCCACCAGAAGCAGAUCCUGAGCAGCUUCCUGUGCGCAGGCUACGCCAACGGCCAGAAGGACUCCUGCGAGGGAGACUCCGGAGGCCCUCUGAUGCUGGAGAGGCCAGACGGGCGAUGGACUCUGGUCGGCACCGUUUCCCACGGGAUCAAGUGCGCGGCGCCCUAUCUUCCAGGCGUCUACAUGCGAACUACCUACUACAAACCGUGGCUCAAAAGCAUCACCGGCAUCAAAUAAGAGCCACAUGCCAUCAACCUUGCCACCAUUAUCCGUCGGCAACGACGGCAACGCAUUAUCUCAAGGGCGAGGAUCUCGUGGACGGUCAUUUCCGCAUCCUCGUAGGCAAGGAUGCACGUAACUCACUUGCUUCCCGACCUAAUUUUAGUGGACAUGCCGACCUCUGCCGUUUUUCUCUUUCGUUCCAAGAGUGUAUUACUGGCUCAGUAUAAGUCGGUUUGGUUUUGUCGUGCCCGCCAUAUACAAUGAACUUCGCUAAGCGUUAGACGAGAUGAAUACGAUUUCAAUCGCCCACUCACUGCUUGCACUGAAUUUCAGUGCAAUUUAGCAGUUAAUAUCUUUGUGCCUUCUUACAACAUUCAAUUCAUUUUGUUAUCAACAACGUCGUUAGUGCACAAGAUAUUGGUAGAUUUUGUUACGAUUUUCACAAAUUCUAUCGAAUCAAAGUUUGAAAAGAGUUGGGCUACAAAUGUGCCAUUGGUCGCCUCGAAGAUAAGUAACGGAGUGAUUCAUGAACUCAAUGUGAAUAAGAAAUAAAGCAUUUAUGUACUACUCUCCAAAAAGUCACACGAAAAUGAUUCAAUUAUGAGUACUCCAACUAAAUCCGAGAGUCCGAGAAAAGUAUUGUAGUGAAGUGUUAGGAACUUAUAUUUAUGGAAUUCUGUGUCAAUUUUCGCAAAUGGACGAUAAGGCUACAAUGCACGGCAUAGCAUCCAUAUUUCGCGUCAGCUUCUAAUACGUAAUGCAGGUUCACUACAAAGCUAUUCAGUUUCUGUGCUCUAUCACAAAGAAGAGUAAUUUAUUCAGGAAUUUAUAUUGGGGCAAUGAAAGUUUUGGAAUAACGUGGCUUAGGUGUUCUUGACGCUCUAAUUUCCCUUGAUACGGAAUUCCUUCUGGUAAUGCUUUUAAUAGUAUGGGGGAAUACGCUUAAUGCAAGAAGAAUAAUUAACGCAUUUUAGUGAUUCGCCGAUAAAUGUUUGUGAAGUUUCUCAAGUGUUCCUUGUUAAAACAAACAGAACUUUCCUUCAAACGAUUGUGGUCAAACAUCGCAAGAACAUUGCGGAAAUGAAGAAAGAAAAUAUAAAUAAAAAGAGGAUCUGAAGUACCAGAAUAUGGUAUUUCCACAACAACGCCUGAAAAAACAAUUCAAUGUCCCUCACAUCCCUGUGUAAAUAGGUGUCUUGCAAUGCACAAUAUUUUCUUUCCUUGUCAACCACUUGCUAUAAACUUGCCCCAAUGACUGGAACUUGUUUGCUGCAAAGACUGGUAGACUUGGAUCAAUACUUGUUUGGUAUUACUAGCGUCUUUGUCAUGCUCUACCCACCCUACUUAUAUAGAUGACACCUCAUGGACUCUAUACCAUGCAGAUAUUUCACUACAUGAAAAUGUGAUCAUUUAGGGUCAAAAAAAAUUUUAUUAAUUCAUUACUCUUCUGAAAAAUAAUUAAUAUCCUAAAAUAAAAUGAAAUAUAUUGACUGAACGUGAUGAAAUAGCUUAGCCCUGUUUGUUAAGUAUUAUUAUAAGGAUACCUUUUAGAACCCCUUUAACUUUCAAAAGACGGCUGUUAAGUAGUCAAAAUUUUUUACUAUACUAAUAGUCAAAGCCAGAAAUAUACUUAAUUUUUGAUGAAAUUACUUUCAGCAAGGAGAGACUUUCUGUUUUGCAUGGCUCACUCAACAAUACACAUAAUUGCAGUAGAGAAAAAUGAUGGAGUAGGAGAUGGCAAGUGCAAAUUGCAUUACCACAAUGAUAUUCUUCUUCAGUUACAUGACUUUACUUGUAAACGUAGAAGUGAAAUGGCACAAUAAGAUCUUGAAAUGUUGCAGUUGGAGUACAAUUGAUCUUCGCACUUUUCCACCUUUAUCAUAUGAAUGAGAAUUCAACAUGCAUGAAACAAUCAGAUGGCCAAGUUUAUUGGACAUUGGUUGGAAAAGACGUAGCUCUAACACACUGUAGUAUACCUGACUGUGAGAGAAAUCAUGAGAUAAUCUAAUAAGGUUCUAUGAUUAUCAAAGCAAAUUUAGCUUUUUAAGUGAAUAACCAGUUAUAUAAAUGAAGGAGAUUCAGAAAUAUCUUAAUGUUCCUAACAUUAUAGCCACCAGGAAUAAAGAGUUAAAUAGUUUUACCACUUGAAAGACAUUUUCGUCCACAUACAACUUGUACAACAUUGAUCACAGGUUUUCAUAGGAAAUGACAAACUCAUGUUCUUUAAUCAUGGGAAAUCAUUGUGUACCACACAGCUUGCAAAAAUUGACACAAAUAACUAGUGUCAUGGGUAACUUGAAGCAGUGCAUAAUACUUUAGUAAUUUUGGGAAAUCGUUCCACAGCUUUUCUACCUCUAAUAAAAAAAUUACAUAAUGAAUAUCACUGAUUCUUGUAAUGACAAAUACAUACUGAAUACAAAUGCAACACAUCAGGUUUGCCCAUGUAUUGACAUUUCUCCAUUAAAUAACAUUAUAUUUGUUAGAAUUCUCUUGAAUUACGGUUCCUCUUUUCUCUGUAAAACACAAAAGAAGUGCCAUCAAUACACAUCUGGUUGUAAGAGACCACUUAUUUACAUAUCAAACAGAUUUUAUUGAUAAUUGAAACCAAUCUAUUAAAAGUACUCACAUAAAUUUAGAAUAAUGUUUCUUCAAUAAAAGCAAUUUUUACCAUAGAUUCAUAAGGUCUGAUCAUCACUAAACUUUUUGU